AUGUGGUGGUUGCUGACCAUUCCAGCUAAACGAAGGUGGAGUAGUGGAGUGCAGGCCACAAAGAGUCCCACCCUCUCUGUGACCUGUACUUCAAAGCCUCACUAUGGUUUAGCCAGCCAGGUCACCAGCCAGUCACACAGCACCCUCACUGUGAGUGGCCAUUGCAUCACUGGUGUCACUUAUACCAUGUUGUGGUUGCUGACCAUUCCAGCUGAACUAAGGUGGAGCAGUGGAGUGCAGGCCACAAAGGGUCCCACCCUCUCUGUGGCCUGUACUUCACAGCCUCACUGGUUUAGCCAACCAGGUCACCAGCCAAUCACACGGCACACUCACUAUGAACCAAGGUGGAGCAGUGAAGUGCAGGCCACAAAGGGUCCCACCUUCUCUGUGGCCUGUACUUCACAGCCUCACUUUGGUUUAGCCAACCAGAUCACCAGGCAAUCACACAGCACCCUCAUUGUGAGUUGCAUGUGCACCACUGGUGUCGCUUAUACCAUGUGGUGGUUGCUGACCAUUCCAGCUGAACUAAGGUGGAGCAGUGGAGUGCAGGCCACAACGGGUCCCACUCUUUCCGUGAAUAUUUUAGUUUUAUUUAGAGAUUCUAGUUUUUUUGCCAACCAGGUCACCAGCCAAUCACACAGCACCCUCAUUAUGAGUUCCAUGUGCACCACUGGUGUCGCUUAUACCAUGUGGUGGUUGCUGACCAUUCCAGAUGAACCAAGGUGGAGCAGUGGAGUGCAGGCCACAAAGGGUCCCACCCCCUCUGUAGCCUUUACUUCACAGCCUCACUUUGGUUUAGCCAACCAGGUCACCAGCCAAUCACACAGCACCCUCACUCUGAGUGGCCAUUGCAUCACUGGUGUCACUUAUACCAUGUGGUGGUUGCUGACCAUUCCAGCUAAAACAAGGUGGAGCAGUGGAGUGCAGGCCCCAAAGGGUCCCACCCUCUCUGUGGCCUGUACUUCACAGCCUCACUUUGGUUUAGCCAACCAGGUCACCAGCCAAUCACACAGCACCCUCACUCCUUACUUUGGUUUAGCCAACCAGAUUACCAGCCAAUCACACAGCACCUUCACUGUGAGUGGCCAUUGCAUCACUGGUGUCACUUGUACUAUGUGGUGGUUGCUGACCAUUCCAGCUGAACCAAGGUGGAGCAGUGGAGCGCAGGACAUAAAGGGUCCCACCCCCUCUGUGACCUCUACUUCACAGCCUCACUUUGGUUUAGCCAGCCAGGUCACCAGCCAAUCACACAACAUCCUCAUUGUGAGUUGCAUAUGCACCACAGGUGUCACUUAUACCAUGUGGUGGUUGCUGACCAUUCCAGCUGAACUAAGGUGGAGCAGUGGAGUGCAGGCCGCAAAGGGUCCCACCCCCUCUGUGACCUCUACUUCACAGCCUCACUUUGGUUUAGCCAACCAGAUUACCAGCCAAUCACACAGCACCCUCAUUGUGAGUGGCCAUUGCAUCACUGGUGUCACUUAUACCAUGUGGUGGUUGCUGACCAUUCCAGCUGAACCAAGGUGGAGCAGUGGAGUGCAGGCCACAAAGGGUCCCACCCCCUCUGUGACCUCUACUUCACAGCCUUACUUUGGUUUAGCCAACCAGAUUACCAGCCAAUCACACAGCACCCUCAUUGUGAGUGGCCAUUGCACCACUGGUGUCACUUAUACCAUGUGGUGGUUGCUGACCAUUCCAGCUGAACCAAGGUGGAGCAGUGGAGCGCAGGACAUAAAGGGUCCCACCCCCUCUAUGACCUGUACUUCACAGCCUCACUUUGGUUUAGCCAACCAGGUCACCAGCCAAUCACACAGCACCCUCACUGUGAGUGGCCAUUGCAUCACUGGUGUUACUUAUACCAUGUGGUGGUUGCAGACCAUUCCAGCUGAACCAAGGUGGAGCAGUGGAGUGCAGGCCACAAAGGGUCCCACCCCCUCUGUGACCUCUACUUCACAGCCCCACUUUGGUUUAGCCAGCCAGGUCACCAGCUAA